GUGAUUCGGUUUAUUCGCACCGGCCUGGCAACCAACCAAAAGCUCUUUUUAGUAAAAUAAGCCUAGAAUUAGAUAGUAAAUAAAGCGAUGUCCCAGGCGACUCCACAACCCAGUGAUAUGCAGUCCCUCCGCUGUCUGCACUGCAUGAAGGUGAUUCGUUGCUCCCGCUAUGAUACUAGUGAACUGGUGCGCCAUAUCAAGCAGGACCACCCAGAGAUCUACGCGGUGACCAGUGACAAGAUCAAGAAUCUGCACAAGCUGGCCGCCGAUCAUGGCAUCAGCGAAGAGCGUCUCUCGAAGAUUAGCAAGAUGACUGGGCUCUCGGAGUCCCAGAUGGCCGAGGAGGCGGACAAAUACAUGGCCAAGAAGAAGAGUUCUACGCGGAGUGGUGGCUCCGGCGCUGGGGAGCCAGCGGCCUGCAGUGGGGCAUCCUCGAAGGCGGAGAAGCCCAGCUGCCCGUGUCCAUGUCCAGGUCCCUUGGACAAGGCGACGUCGCACCGAAGGAGCUGCUAUCGGGCCUCCAUUGAGCGCUGGUCUCCGGCGGAGGGUCGCAUCUUCUGCCCCUGCUGCGCCUGCAGCAAGCGACCGCUGAUCAAGGCCGCCUCGGAGAUCGCGGACAACGGCUGCUGUGCCGCCUGGGUCGUCUCCUGCUGGCCCCUCUGCUUCCUGCCCUGCCUGAUGUCCGGGGAUAACAAGGAGUACCUGUACUGCUCCAACUGCCGCACCUUCCUCGGCAUCUACGAUCGCGAAAAUCGCUGUGUGCAGCCCAGCAAGGAAUUUGUUUCCUGCAGCAAGUCGGCCACGCCUCCGCCCAAAUCGCCGCUCCAUCCGCCGCCCGAAAAGUCCUAGAAUAACUUUUAUUGGACCUUGUAUUUUUAGUUAUUAAAUUGUUUGUGAAUCUUGUAUAUUGUAUCCUGUAACAAAAUUUUA